AUGCUUCGACACAUGGGUUGUAUAGAAAUUACACCUUACAAUAAAAAUCAAUCUGAGUUUGAAUUUUGGACACGGUCAUUAGAUUCAGAUAAAGAUUGUGAAACAUUACAAAAUUUAUAUAAUUUUAGUUUUAUUCAACCAAUACCUAAUCAGUUUUGUAAUCAAACUAAAGUUUUUUGGAACUGCAUUCGGGAAUCAUUAAAUGCAAAUAAACGAGGACAAAAUGAAAGGAGACGUAUUUUAUCUAUUAUUGCAAAUCAAUUUACUUAUGAUGAAAUAAAAAAAAAUUUGAAUAUUGCUUCAUCAGACACAAUCAAUGAAGCAUGCCGGUAUGCAAGACUUUAUGGGCCAGGUACUGAAUGUAUAGAAAAACCUGUUUUAACACGAAAUAAAAUUUCUCAAGAAAGACUUGAUUAA